GCGGCGGUGGUCACGUGAUCCGGACGCGACCCGCGAUGGCGGCGGAGUGGCUGCUGCUGGCGCUGGCGCUGGCGCUGCCCCCCGAGCGCCCCCUGGCGGCCGAGCCCCGCAAGGUGCAGAUCGGCGUGCGGCGGCGGCCGGAGCGCUGCGGGGAGAGAUCGCGGCGGGGCGACGUGCUGACCCUGCACUACACGGGCACGCUGGAGGACGGGACGCCCUUUGACAGCAGCCUGAGCCGGGAGCAGCCGUUCGUGUUCUCACUGGGAACCGGGCAGGUCAUCAAGGGCUGGGACCAGGGCCUGCUGGGGAUGUGCGAGGGGGAGAAGAGGAAACUGGUGAUCCCCCCGGAGCUGGGUUACGGGGACCGAGGGGCCCCCCCAAAAAUCCCAGGGGGGGCCGUGCUGAUUUUCGAGGUGGAGCUGCUGAAGAUCGAGCGGCGCCCGGAGCUUUAGGGGGACCCCAAAACCCCCGGAAUUCACCCCAAAUUUCCCCCAAACCCUCCCCCCUUCCAGGCCCCCCCCCCAAACCCGGGAUUUUGGGGUCCCCCCCCUCGUUUUUUUUUUUUUUGUGGGGGACUUUUUGUGGGGAAAGCCCCGAAUUUUGGGGCCAAUAAAGGGUUAAACC